AGGCACGAGUGAGACACCGUAGCUCCGCCUUUCCAUCGUGCACAUGAUAACCUGAAGUCUGGUGAUAUUAGGGUUCAGGAAAGUAGCCGCUUGAGUUUUGAAUUCUGUAAACGAGACUGCUAUGAGUUCAUUAAAAGGAAAGAUCAUUACUGUUGUCGGGAGUGGACUGAUUGGCCGUUCCUGGGCCAUGGUGUUCCUGAGUGGAGGAUACAAGGUCAAGAUCUAUGACAACAAACCAGGACAAGCAUCAGGGGCCAUCACAGAGAUCAGGAAACAGCUUGAGGAGCUUCAACAAGCCCAAAUGCUAAGAGGAAAUCUCAGCGCUGCAGAGCAGUUGAGUCUACUCAGCAGUCAUGAUGACUUGCAGCAGGCCCUAGAGGGAGCUUUCUUUGUCCAGGAGUGUGUAUUUGAGGACCUGGAAGCAAAGCAGACCGUCUUCCAUGAGGUGGAGAAUCUAGUCACAGAAAGCGUGAUUCUCAGCAGCUCCACUUCUUGCCUGAUGCCAAGCAACGUGUUCUCUCGUGUCCAGAACCGAACCCGAUGUAUCAUAUCUCAUCCGGUAAACCCGCCCUACUAUGUGCGUCUAGUGGAACUGGUGCCACACCCUGAAACACUGCCUGCUGUAAUAGAUGUUGCUUACUCACUGAUGACGGAUGUCGGACAGGCACCUGUGCGCCUCAAGAAGGAGAUCGAUGGUUUCGCAUUGAACCGUGUUCAGUAUGCCAUCAUAGCCGAGUCCUGGAGGCUGGUUCAGGACGGAGUGAUCUCAGUGAAGGACAUUGAUCUGGUGAUGUCUGAGGGUCUGGGCAUGCGCUACGCUUUUAUAGGUCCCAUUGAAACCAUGCAUCUCAACGCACCAGAAGGUAUGGAAGACUAUCUCCAGCGCUAUAGUGAGGGCAUGAAGAGGGUUCUUAAUGCUUUUGGGCCUGUACCAGACUUUUCUGGAGAGCCAGCAGCUAGAAUCAUAAAAGAGAUCUGUGAGCUGAUCCCUGGUGAGCAGGAGCAUCUCACAGCCAGAAGAGAGAGAAGAGAUCAGCUACUGAUGGGACUAGCUAAGCUAAAGAAAUGAGGCUAGUCCAUAAGAUACUACUUAAAUGGAAAAGGUCAUAGAUCAUCUGAGCCAUUGUUGUCCUUGGUUGAAUAUUUCCCUUCUGGGCAACUGAAUAUGUCUGAUUAUAAAUGAAAAUGACUGGAACAAAAGCUAAAUUCAGAAAUGGCUUAUGUGUUCAUUUAAUUAUGAAUUGAAUUUUAACAGUAUUUUAAAAGUGUUAUAUUUGUGACAUACUUGUUAUACAGCAAAGCACUUUCUUGCUCAUGGUGUAAAAUUCACAAUUAAAGGGAAAAUGAAAGCA